AUGUCAUCAGAAGACAAGUCGAUCUAUCUUGGACUCUGGACCAACUGGUCUCACGGGUCGGUAAUAGGUCUAACCUACACAACCACACUAGACAAUGGUGGCUUGUUCAUCGCUUUUCUGGCCCUUUUCGUCGCGUUUACCGGUACAUGUUUCUGGAGCAUCAUAUCCUUCACCGUCCACCAAAUCUUGAGUCGACCCUCUCCGCAGAAUGCCAUCUACCACCAGCAACAAGCUAUUCUUCGCAGCUCCGACACCAGCUCUGCCGCACUAUGGAGGUUGAUAAGACUGUCAUGGGCUUGGCGUAAGAUUUCGUGCGCCGCCUCCUUGAAAGCAACGUCAGUACCGCUAGUUGCGAGUCUACUUACCUUUACUGCAUUUACUGCAGCUGGUAUCUUCUCUUCGCGUGUUGCCUCAUCUAGAGGCAGUGAAGUGUUAGUUAUUGGGAACAACUGCGCUACUGUGAACGGUUCCCUCAUAACAAAGGAUAAUAUUGCUAUGACUCAAUACUACAUCGCCAGCCGAGUCAGAUCGAGCCUCAAUUACAAGGCAAACUGCUAUUCAGGGUCAGAUUCGACAGAGCUCUGCCGUACGUUCGUUCGAAACAGCCUUUCCGUCACAGUCACGCGUAGCGAUUCUUGUCCUUUUGCAGGAAAAGAUGCCAUUUGCCGCAAAGAGAACGGGGCCAUUCGCAUCGACUCUGGAUAUUUGAACAGCCACCACGAUCUAGGCAUCAACGCACCGCCUUCAUCUCGAUUUCUCUACCGCACUGUCAAUGAGUGUGCCCCUAUACGCGGCGCGGGCUACGCACGGUUUAACACCACAAGUGUGCCAAAAACUAUGCAACUUCUAUAUGGGAGCAAUCAAAGAGUAUGUCCAAAUACAGAGAAUUGUACUAUGACAUUUGGUUAUGGAGUGCGAGUGGGCAGUACCGUAUCACGCAACCAAUAUACAGUCACGGCCGCAACUAGAUGGCAGGUCACCGAAGAACUAUCGUACCUUAAUGAAUGGGAGCCAAUACCUGAGCUUGAGGUGCCCAACGCAGAUAUCAGUGCCCUUUUCUUGGAAAUUAACGAUGUUUUCUUCUCCAGUCCGGUGGCUGAUCCUUGGUACAACGCACAAGCAGGACCUCGAAGCGGAUCUACAGGCUUGGGAAACACGACUUUCUACUAUAGCGACCAGAUGGUGAGGACUCUUGGGUGCGCUCAGCAAUAUCAAUUUUGCAAUCCGUCGCUUCCCAAAAAUAUCAGCUGUACACCACUGAUGGGGAUAUUUGAAGCUUCUAGACUGGCUGAAACAACACUUUUCACAGACCCAAAGACUAGGAACACCUUCCAUUGGUCCUCGCUGGCGAUCAUGAAUAUGGCAAAUGGUUUUAAUGAGCUCAUCACCAUAUUGCGAGGUGGAGCCCUUCUCGCAAGCGACACCCUCUCUGGAGUUGGACAAUUUGCUCUACCUGACAACCAGUGGGAGCUUGAACUAGAGCACUGGUUCAAAACUACCCUUGCCGAUCUUCAACGAGCAGUGCUCGACCAGGCCACCGGACCAGCAGACAAAACGGCGGCUUCUUUUCAUUCUGGACCUACAACCGCAGAGGCACGCGCUGUCUGUCAAAACCAGAAGAUCUUAUCCGACUCCUACACUUCUUUCAACGUACUCGGUAUAAUUCUCAUCUUCUCUAUUGGUGGUCUCAUCGUUCUCAUCUCGGCUAUUCUACCAUCAGCGACUGCGCACUUACAGAAAAAGCGAAACCCCUUCGCCAACCUGGAAUGGGUCUCAAACGACACACUGCAGCUUCAACGACUAGCACAUGAAGCUGUGGGUGCAGGAGAGUGGAAGGGCGCAUGCGACGAUUAUCCACGUACGCGAAAGAACGAUCUCUUGGCCGUCCUCGAUGUAGCCGACCGAAAGCACCCCGUGCUCAGAGUAGCACCGAGGGCAGCCGACACCAUGGAGACAGUAGUCGAAGAACAACACUACGGCGUGCAGAAAGAGGACGAUAGCAUGAGGACACGAACAUAUGACUCGGCACAGACUUCUCUCCUCAACGUUGAGAUUCCGCGCACGUCUUUGCAGCUUUCACGGCGGUUUACAGACGAUGUAUGUUAG